AACUUUGGUCUGAGUGGCAUGAAAUUUCUUCUGGAGGUAGUUUUUUCUCUACGUAACUUGUUGCAGCUUCUUUUUAAAUAAACUCUCACAUGAUGGUCAGACUCAAGAAAUUUACAGGGAAUUAUAAGAUGUUUGAUUCCCAGGUAUUCAGCCUCAGCCGUGCCAAAUUGCGAAUCUUUUCUACCAUCACGUUCGCUGCGUUGAUCUUUAUCAUCUACACCGACAGCAUAGCCUCUGAGAUUUCCCACCAAUCUCUUACUUUUUCCGAUAAGCAAAUCGUCGGCGAGUUGGCGGCUCAUGAAAGAACCGAAUUAGGACGACUGAGAUCGAGUAUCGGAGUCCUUCAAAUACGUUCCGUGCAAGAAGAGACUGAUAAUCAUCAUGAAGUAGUAGUACUUGACGAUGAGAAGGAUCUUCCGGUUCCUCCACUGAAUGUCACAGAAGAAGACAGGAUUGCUUGGUUGCGGGAAAAUAUAUCGAAGUUUGACAUUUUCAAGUCAAACAACAUCACACGGCUGUUUCAUGGUCGGGUUCUGGAGUUCUUCAACCGUGACUGCGAGGCUCACUUCUUCAUGACAUGGAUUUCCCCGGCAGGGUCGUUUGGGCAGAGAGAAUUCUUGGCGAUGGACAGCCUUUUCAAGGCUCACCCUCGAGGUUGCUUAAUGAUUUUGUCAAAAAGCAUGGACUCUGCAAGAGGAUACAGGAUUCUAAAACCGCUCCUUGACCGGGGAUUCAAAGUCGUCGCAGUGACACCAGACUUGCCAUUUCUGUUCAAAAACACACCGGCCAAAGCUUGGUUUAAUGGGAUUAGGAGGGGGGAAAAGGACCCCGGCGAGAUUCCGUUAGCUCAAAAUCUAUCCAAUCUGUUGAGACUUGCAGUUUUAUACAAGUAUGGAGGCAUUUACAUGGACACCGAUUUCAUUGUGUUGAAACCUCUAACUGGGUUGAAGAAUUCAAUUGGAGCACAGAGCAUGGAUAUGGAGUCCAAGAAAUGGAGCAGGUUAAACAACGCAUUCUUGGCGUUUGACAUGAAUCAUCCACUUCUGUUCAAAUUUAUGCAGGAAUUUGCAUACACAUUUGAUGGGAAUAAAUGGGGACAUAAUGGUCCCUAUUUGGUUUCCAGGGUGGUUGAGAGAGUAAGGAGGAGACCUGGUUACAAUUUCACAGUCUUGCCAUCAAUGGCCUUCUAUCCGGUGGAUUGGCUUAGGAUCAGCGGGCUUUUCCAGGCACCGAAAAACCAGGCCAAUUCCAAAUGGGUAAAAGCCAAGCUGCUUCAGCUAAGUGGAGAGACUUACGGGAUUCACCUAUGGAACAGACAAACAAACAGAUUAGCAAUCGAAGAGGGAAGCGUCAUGGAAAGUUUAAUCUCAGAUCACUGUGUUGUUUGCCAACAGAUACAUACUUCCUUGAAACACCAAAGUUACUAAAAAGUGUUGAUAAUCUCAUUCAGUUGGAGCAUCUUCUAGGUUGGUACAUAUUUGUUUUAUUAUAGCUCUAUUUCGUGGGCUAUAUGGAUGCUCCUCUGUUUCGAGGUUUUCAUUUUCAUUUUAGUUCCUUUUAUUCAUUUUACAAUCAUGUUCAUGUUUGUUCGUUUUG